UUCAGAAAGCAUCUGGAGCACGGAAAAAUCCUGUACAAGAAAUGCAGAAAGUGGGAAAGUUGGAUACCAAAGUGAACGGACAAAGAAUCCAGCCUGUCUCCAGCAGUGCUCAAAUAACAUAAAUGACUGCAGUUCAAGAUCACACUAAGAGAAAUAACACAACUAGGAAUCCAGAGGUGAAGGCAUCGGUACAAGAGCUUGCUUCUCGAGCUGCUUCCCGAGUCAAGGCUGUGGCUGCGGAAAAGAUCACACCACCAAAUUCGGCAUAUCAAUUUGAGGUUUCUUGGCGAGGAUUCUCUGGAGAUAAUGCUCGACAGACUAGCCUGUUGAAGGCUAUAUCUCCAAGUGCAUUGCCGCAGAUAUUCAAAAAUGCUUUGACUGUUCCCAUACUUCUUGACAUUAUCAAGUGUGUGGCAACCUUUUUCGUUGAAGAAAUGGAUUUGGCCGUCAAUUAUUUGGAGAACUUAACCAGGGUUCCAAGAUUUGACACACUCAUCAUGUUUCUUUCAUCCUCAGACAACGCUGAUCUUGUUAAGAUAUGGGAUGAAGUGUUUGACAAUGAGGCAACUCCGAUUGAGUAUGCCGAGAAGCUUGAUAACCUGCAUACAAAGUCCUGCCCCAAGCGAUGACAAAGCUCAACAAGUUUCUACU